CUUACAAUACAAGAGAAAGAGAUGGGAAGAGUGCUGCAGUCGGUUUAAAGAGAAGACAAUGCGUUGGUUCAGAAGUGCCUAGCCAGUCUUCAGUAGUACAAACUGGAUGAUCUUGGGCUGGUCUCUACUUGAAGUGGUGUUGAUCGUACCAACACUUUGCACGGUCGCGCUUGGAACGUUCCUGUACUUCGGCGACAGAAUGUCGUUCUGUAUACGAGGAGACAAGGCGAACAAAGUUUCUGCGGAGAUAGACACGAGUAACGUGUACCACGAGAAGCAGCAGAGAGAACUGUGCGCACUGCACGCCCUAAACAAUCUGUUCCAGGAUGAAAACGCUUACUCCAAACAGACGCUGGACGAAAUUUGUCAAAGACUGUCACCUGAUUCCAUGGUGAACCCCCACAAGAGCAUGCUGGGACUUGGGAACUACGAUGUGAACGUGGUGAUGGCGGCCCUUCAGGAGAAAGACUGCGAGGCCAUCUGGUGGGACAAACGGAGAAACGUGGAUGUGAUCAACCUGGCCAACGUGAAGGGCUUUAUCCUGAACAUCCCGUCGGACCUGAAGUGGGGCCCGGUCACCCUGCCGCUGAAGCGCAAACACUGGAUCUGUGUGCGCCAGAUCGACGGCAUCUACUACAACCUGGACUCCAAGCUCAACGUGCCUGAGAUGAUUGGGGAGGCAGAGGAACUAAGAACGUUUUUGAGGAAAGAGUUAGCAGCGAAGGACAGGGAAAUGUUACUGGUGGUGGCAGGAGACGUGGAGAGAGACCAGACGUGGCGUCUGCCCAGCGAAGCCAGAAUAUGAAGGAACAGACAUGCGAAAUCUACUAUUGUGUACAGCUUACAGCCAUAUAUUUGGCUGUUUUCUUAUCUUAUGUUGUCAUUUUGCAUCAAUGUUGAUAUGUAAAGUCACUUAUGGUGAGAUUAACAUGUAUAAGCUAUCCUCUAUAUAUAGACUGACUCUUGCUUCAUAUGUACUUAGACUGCUUCUUGGAUACAAAAAAACAGCAUAUAUGUUAGUGUCAGUGCUAGAUGCAUUGAAGGGUGCUUUUUAUGGUACUUGUAGUGAUCAGUAAGUGAUGCCAUUCUGCAAUAUUUUAACUAAUCCCCUCUGUAUUGAUCUAUACACUUUCUAUAUUUUGUCUUUGCUUUUCUUGUUUGUAUUCGGUUGCUGGCAAAAGAAAACGAACUUUGGCUGUAUCUGCGAUUCUGAAAUGGGAAUGAGAGUGCCCCCUUGUGUAAAGUUGUGGUACUGCACCACACUUAAGACUUUGUAGGUUGUUACUUAUGAUAGCAUUUAUAUACAAACUUGUCUAGGUCAUGAUUGUGCAUUGAUUUUUAAACAAAACUACACCGCAUCUUUUAGUGAAAGCAUUCAUCCAGAGUGGGCAAAGCUGUCCCGAAUAUGCAGAUACAUGUGUAUGACUCUCAUAUGAAUGAAUAUUGCAUAUAUACAUGACACUUUCAUACUUCACAGAUGACAAAUCUGUUUCUUUUUUU